AUGAAUGUUUGCCAACAAAUUUUGGCUUUAGAUGCGAGGUUUAACGCGUAUAGAGCUCAAGCAAGCCCUCAACAUAGUAAGUAAACCAAAUAUGCUGAUAGAUAUUUGAUUCAAUAUUUGUGUUUUUCUGCUGGACUGCUGACAGGUAUUGUAAUAUUUUUGAACAGGAACAUUGUAUAUACGAAGAAGGACUCAGUUGUUGAGAGAAAUAGCAAAGAAAAAUGUGAGUAGAUUUAUCUUAAAAUGAGGAGUCAAGGGCUUGUUCUGUGGGGGUGGGCCAAAUCCACACAAGAACUCAUGUCUAUGAAAUAUUGAUUGGUCUGAUAUAGGAUAUGGGAAGGUCAAAGUAAUUCUGGAACAAGUCCUGAAUCUGGCAAUCAACCAGUGUCAUUAAAAUUACCCCCCAUACCCUUCAGGUGUCCUAGUACGCUUACUAUUAUCAGAAACAAUUUUUUCUCCCCUCCCCCCCGGAUUGCAGAACAUCUUCUGUGGUGGGGGGGGGGAAUAAUGCAAUAAGAAUAAGAAUAGAAUGGUGACUGAUUGAGCAGAAUGUUACUGGUAAGGUCGAUGGAAUUAAGGUAUCAGUUUACCAUCACCCGCCGCAUGUGUUAUUGCCAGCUGUGUGAAGUUAUCAUUAUUUCAAUAUUUUUUCAUUAUUUGUCAAAUUUGUAUGGCAAAGUGUUUCAAAAAUUGGCUUUCUGUUGAAUUUUUUGGCAAAUACUGACUUUGUUUAUACAGUUAGCGAAGCCACAACGAAACAGAGUCAAAGACAUGGAUGAUAGCUCUGAAGCUAGCUUUUUCCGUCAAAAUUUAAAUUUUUAGCUCAAAAUUUGACAAAUUCAAAUCGAAAAAAAAUAAUGAAUAAUGAAAAAAAUCUGCAUCAACUUUUGAAAUUUUAGGUGACAGUAAACUGAUACCUUAAUUCCAUCGGCCUAAUCGAUGUAAAUAUAUUUUUAGAUUGAUCACAGUGUUCGUCGCCAAUAUCUGCAUUUGAGAAAACUGAUUUUGAGCAAACAACAUGGAGCAGAUCUCCAAUCUCUGAGGUACAACUUUAUCUUUUACCCAGUUUAUUAUUUAAGCAUUCAUUCAGAUAUUAAAUCUUCUGUUGUUUCUAGGAGUAGAAGUACAAGCAUUCCAAGCAGAAUCAGUUCUGUUGAGGUACGUUAUCGUUAACAGAUUUUAUUUGAGAUUGGCAAUGCCCAUGGAUAGGAAAGUAUGAUUACAAUUUUGUGAGAUAUAUUUAUUUUCCAUGUAGCAAAGUUUUGAUUCAUUGCAAGUGGAUGAUCAUGGUACAACUGUGAAGACGCAUCAUCGCUACCAUAGCGCUGGGUCAUUCCAGUUUUUACCAACCCCUGAUGUAGCUAUGACCAUACAUGAAGACUCAACUUUGCAAGGCGUUGUACCCACAAAGAAAGCAGAGGCUAGCAGGUCCGAUUAUAAUUUGGGAAUACUGUAUAUAUAACCAUAGAAAGAUUCUUAAAUGUGGUACUCUAUUAUUUUAAUCUGUCUUACAUUAAAUUUAAUUGAUAAUUUUGUGUUGUAUGUGUAGGAAAAUGGCAGGAAACAAAAGUUUGGGUGAAAACUAUGCAUUUGCAGGCAUGCAUCAUGUGUUUGAUCAACAUGCAGAGGCUGGUACGUAGCAUUAAGAAAAGUUGAAACAGCAGGAUGUAGCUUUCUGUAGUAGUCCUGGCAGUUUUACACAAAAUAAAUUAUUGGUUUUAAUGUGUGCAAUCUUAUAGAACGUAUCCAUUUAUACUGUGAUAUUAACUGUAAACAGCUUCCUAAAUUUUGGCUUGCAAAAACAGGCUACAAUAUAUACCAGAAAGCUGAGAGGGAUUUAGACUUUGACAUUUUGAGUGAAUGCAUGAAAGACCCGCAGCUUUCUGGUGUUAUUGUCGAUACCUACACUGGUACAACCGUUGUGCACUAUAAAUAAAUAUCUCUGCGAAUAUCUCUACAUAAAAUUCCAUGCAUAAUCUCUUGCUAAUUUUUAUCUAGUCACAUCAAUAAAGUUUGCUCAUGAUGAAAAACAUCAACUUGCUUGCAGUUCAUCUGAUGGUACUAUAUCUGUCUGUCAUUUGAUACCAUCUCCAUCUGUUACUUGCUUUUUAAGAGGACAUAAAGCUUCUAUCAAAGGUACGUCUAAUAUCUUCCAUAGCAUAAAGUCUUAAAGAUGUUAAACUGAAGCUAAUUGUGACUAAAACUUAUUUAGUAAUGAAUUUCAUUGUCAGAUUUUGACUGGUCAGUUGCAAAUGAUUUCAUUGUCUCUGCAUCAUUGGAUGGUUCAUCACGACUUUGGAAUCCCACGUCUGGUCAAUGUCUUCGUGUAUUUGAUGAUAACUGGCUUUGUGCAGUUCUGUCUUGUCGAUUUCAACCUUUAAAUAACAAUAUGAUUGUCGUAUCCUUUUGAGUUUAUAUCUUUUUUUAGCAUUCUUGGUAAAUUGUUCUUCCUUAUUUUUUUGCAUUUCUUUAGCCUUACCAACUUUUUUAUGGAGACCAUUGAAGUCUUGUUUAUCUUUUUCAGGUUGUUUAGACACAAACCAUGGCAGCUUAUUUCUAUGUUGUAGUUUUGCUUGUUACAGAAGUUAUAACAUUAGCAAAAGAUGCACCCAUAGACAAUAAACCUAGCAUGAACAUUUGAGAUCUUAACACGUGAUCAGACAGGAAAUCAAAAAGGUCAUAUUCAAGUCUACAACACCUCAACUGGCAAAUGUAUCAAGGUAAUCUGCCACUGAUCUGUUUGUUAUAUAAUGAUUUGAAAUUUUCAAACAUUUUCAAAUGUUUUCUCCAGGGUGGUACAGGACGAACGACAGGCGCUGUGCUAUCACUUGCCUUUGAUUCUACUGGUACGAUACUCUGGACAGGAGAUGAAAAGGUGUGAUGAUAUUUACCUAUAAACCACUCUGCAUCACCUGCUUCAUAAUUUAUACAAUAAUUUCUAUUGCAGGGUGGUAUAUUGGCAUUUUGUUUUGAUAUUGUGACAGGGCGAGUGCAGAAAGGGAAACGGUGAGUUUGAAUUCUCAUGAGGACUCAUUCUGGAACAUCAUCACAGUGUAACCUAAUGAAGACAGAACUUUAAGUUAACAUAACUUUCCCCCAGAAUUGUUGUUGCAGAUGGAUGUGCGAUCACGUCAAUAUCGUAUCGUAGUUGGAUAAAUCGUGAAGCCAGAGAUCCCUCACUCCUUGUCAAUGUGGCUAAUAACAAUCUAUGUCUCUUCAGGUAUCUGCUCUGUGCAUUUGAUUGUAAUUUUUCCAACAUAAAGUUGACCAAAUAUAUCAAAAGUGGUGGUGCAUGCAGUGUAGUUAUACCCUGGCCCCUGGGUUCGUACGUAAGGUAUACCCCGAGGUUGUUCCACGCUCGCAGAAAUACCUCCGUUGCCAAAUGUGUGAGCAUGGAAAAAGCUUUGGCACUCAGAGUGGUGUACAUGUGGUGGUUGACUACUUACUAAGUAGUGAACCACAUGUACACCUGAUUACAUAGAGGAUAUUACACGGCGGCGCGAAGAUAUGACUUUUAUCUUCGAGUGGUGAAAACAAUAUUUUACGAACGAGCGCAGCGAGUGAGUAAAAUAUUGUUUUUAACACGAGAAGAUAAAAGUCAUAUCUUCAAGCCACCGUGUAAUGUUCUGUUUAUUAUAUAGUCCCAAACAAAAAAUUGUGAAAUUUCACGCUCCAAAGCAAAUUGUCACGUGAUCGAUAUCUUCACCAGUGAAGAUAUAGAAAAUAUCUCACUGUGUAUUUUUCAGUAUCUCACUCUCCCUAUAUAAUAAAAGUUGGUACGACAUGGUUGCCAGCAAGGGCCUUUUGUCGCAAGCGAGUAGUAACCUUGUGGAAAUGUUGUCUUGUAGAGUCGUGAAUGAAGAGGGAGUGUUAAAGUUAAAACGGUCAUUCAACAUUCGUCACCAGUCUCUUGGUAUUCGCAGCUCAUUUUGUCCUCUCAUGUCAUUUAGACAGGGGGCAUGUGUGGGUAAGUUAGGAUUGAUCUUGCAUUAUGGUCAACUCUAACCUAUCUUAAAUAAAUGACUUCAUUAACUUUGUUUCAUUUAGUGAGCGGCAGUGAGGAUAUGGCGGUGUAUUUCUUUGAUGUUGAAAAGGCAGAAAAACCAUGUGUGAAUAAAUUACUUGGUCAUUCAGCUCCUGUUUUGGAUGUUUGUUGGAAUUAUGAUGAAAGUUUGUUGGCUUCCUGUGAUACUGAGGUGAGAAUAUAAUGUAUGCUUCAAACACAAGGGUUUUGUAUUAGAUAUACAUCCAUUCUUUGUAUUUUUAUAUAGGGAACUGUUAUUGUAUGGAAGCGAGAACAAAGAAAAUAUAAUAU